UUACCCCUCGCAACGGUAAUCAAGCGCCUCUUUAGUCGACAGAACACUGAGGCACAGGACUAUCUAAACUCGGUUCUUUGAUGUAGAGAAUUUGAAAAACACAACUUGUGAUAAUGCCUAAAAUAAAUUCGGACACAUUAUGGGAUAUUGCUGCAGCGGAGGUACGCAGCAGGGAGAACAGGACUGAUGAAGAGGAUGCUGAAGAGGACGCACACUUCCGCACACAGAGAACAGUCUUCUUCGUGGGCAGUAAAGCAGGGGGCAAAACAACAAUAUUACUGCGGUUUCUUGACAGAGAUGAGUCAGCUAAACCUACUCUUGCACUGGAGUACACUUUUGGUAGACGAACAAGAGGGCAUAAUACGCCUAAAGACAUCGCUCAUCUGUGGGAAUUAGGAGGGGGAAUCUCCUUAUCGGACCUUAUUCAGAUUCCCAUCACGGCUGACAAUGUCAGUUCUUUAUCUAUAGUACUUGUUCUGGAUCUGUCUAACCCUAAUGCUCUGUGGGAGACCAUGGAAAAGCUGCUCGGAUCCGCUCGAAGUCAGGUGGAAAAAGUGUGUGCCGUACUCCAGAAGACAGGAGAAUCCAGAUCAGGCACACAACGAGUCCCACGAAUCCUUCACAAGGACUAUCCGGAUCGAGAGCUCAUCAACCCUUUUCCUGUUCCGCUUCUUAUAAUUGGCAGCAAGUUUGACAUCUUUCAGGACUUUGAUUCAGAGAAGAGGAAGGUGAUUUGUAAGACUCUACGCUUCGUAGCCCACUUCUAUGGAGCGUCAUUAAUCUUCACCAGCAGCAAGUCAGAAGCCUCAAUGUCUAAAAGCAGGAGUUUUGUUAAUCAGCUGGCAUUUGGGACUGAAAGACCAAAGUCAAUCUCUACAGACCCCAGCAAACCUCUGGCUGUUCCAGCAGGAUCAGACUCCCUCAGUCAGAUUGGUCCCCCUGUUUCCUCUGAGAUUGAUAUUGGGAGCCUGCAUGCCAAAAACCCCUUAGACCUUUGGAAGAAGGUUUUUGAAAAGGUUUUCCCACCUGAGAACACCAAAGAACGCAAAGAGCUGAAAGAUCCUGCCAAAGACCCUCAGUACAGUGAGACCCUAAUAGACUCCAUCAGAGCCCAGAAAGACCAGGAGCUGGAGCAGUACAAGAGAGAACAAGCAAAGUCCUGGAAAAGUUUGGCUCUGGAUCCAUAGAUUUCAUUCAAAAAAACACCAGGUUCAGCAUUAACUCUAUUUUAACCUUUUGCAGUUCACACAUUUCUAAAUCAGUAUAAUUUGAAGUAUAACUUGAUUGUAUUUUGAAAUCGUUUUUUUUCCCCCUGAAUUAUUUAAACCGAAAACACCACUCUGCUUCAGGAUUUAAACAAAAAUGUUUAUUUAAUAUCCCGUUCCCCCCUUUACUGAGAAGAUGCAAAAUUAUGUAAAAAGAAAAAAGUGCCAUAACAAUUAAAUGAAUUGAAAGAAACAAAAAUAAAUUAACCAUACAUUAAAAACAACAAAAAGUUGAAAAAAAAACAACAACAACAACACUGAUAUGAUACACAAUGUGUAAACCACACUGAGAAAAUCUAUGUACCAAGCACCUUUUCUGCCGUUCCACCCUCUCAUACAGCGGCAGACUGUCACACAGGUUGUUUUCUGUCAGAGGGGCGUCCCAGUGUAAAGGCAUCUUGUAGUGAGUACAGUGAGAUGUAGUGGUGUCAUAAAUCCUUUUUGUGCUCUGAAUCAUUCCAUUUCACAUUACUCCUCUGAUGUGCAAAAUAAAACCGUAGCACAAUGAAUCAAGUCUUUUCAUCCUUAUAAACCAAAAGAGUAAGCUGAGAAUACCGGGCACUUAGUGACAUCAUACAUGUAUAAAACACACAAAAAAAGCCCACUGGAUGUAUUCUGUCUGGUAUUUAUCUGCCCUUUUGUCUAGGUCUACAGUUACACUA